CGCAUAGAUGGCUGUGGGACACGGCACACUUAAACGCAAAGACUACUGCAGUGCUUUUAUUAUUAUGAAACAAGACAGGAUACUCUUACAUACUUAAUGCUAGUUUACACAAAAUGUAGAAAAGUGCUCUUUUACUGGAAAUAUUGCUUUCUCUUCACCUGAAAAAAGAGUGUUUUAAACGUUUAGAUACAAUGGAGAAAACGUUGUCUGAUGACUGUCGAAAUCUAACAUAUGGGCCAGAUAGGGGGCAUAUUUUUGGGAUGCCCUGGUUAGACUCCUGUCUUGAGGAGACACUGCUGCCUGAAAAACCAUGGCACAGGGUUUAUAAUACGCUGGGAGCAGCUCUUGCCAAAGAGGUGGAAACACAACUGAAGCACCCUCAACAAAGUCAAUUCAUCUUCACCCUCCUUGGAGAACACUUUGUAGAGAAGCACUUCAGUGAUUUCCCCAAUCAGCCCAGCAUUCUAUGUCCGCCAAGCAUGAGUGAGAGUGAGCGAGAUUCUUUGAGAAAAAACACCCUCGCCAUGCUGGAGGAGCUUUGUGAGAAAUCUGCGCAGAUCAGCCACUGCCAAAGGAGACCAGAUGGUGACCUCACUGGUUUAUCCCAGGAGAUGACCAAUUUUAUCAAUGACACCUACAGCUUGGUAGUUACUGAGAUGGAACAGUUACUGGCCAGACAGGAGGCAAAGAAAAACGAUGGCGAGGGGUUGAGCUCAGAUACAUGGCAAUCUGCCUUUGCAUUAAUGGCAAGAAGAAGACGUACAAAAUCUGUGGAGAGCAAAGACCUGCAUUUGACAACCCGCCGAGGAUCUGCUUUUCAGAUACAACCUGAAGAUGAAGGUAUCCCGCUUCCUGGCUUACAGCCGCCUCCCCUGAGCUCCCCUGGAAGUGAAGUGCUGGGAAGAUCGGUGUCUGCCAUCCUCACUUCCGAUCCCCAGCGAAUGGCAACAGUGUGUGAGAGGCUGAAAGGGAGACCACUGCCAACUACCCUCAGAAACUCUGUAUGGAUUGAUAAACUGCUAAACACAGACAAAGUGUUUCAUAAAGCAAUUUCUUUACAAAAUCUUGAGAAAACCGCCAGAGAGAAGUUUGGCCGAGCAGUGGGGCACAGAGUGGCUGAACUGAAACUCAGAAGUGCCACUCGAUCCCCUGUCUCGGGCUUGAUUGAAAACGCUGUGGUGGAGAAAUAUGAAAGGACACCCUGUAUGCAAACUUUUGCUACCAAUGAGCAGAUGAUCACAGAAACAAGCAAAGC